AUGUCAAAAUAUCUUGGACCGCCAUCUAAGAUACGUCGACCUGAUUUUCUUAAAACUUUAGAUCACCCAACUGGAUUAGAACUUGACAUUUAUUACCCGCAAUAUGGAUUUGCAACUGAAGUGCAAGGAGAACAGCACAAAAGAUAUAUAGAAUUCUUUCACGGAGGAGAUCCCAAUAAUUUUAUCAAACAGCAAGCACGGGAUCAACUCAAGAAAGAAUUAUGUGAAGAAAACCGGAUUGCCUUAAGAUAUUGGGAUCAUGUUUCAUGA